GGGGCGGGCUUCUGGUGAGCCUUCUAGUGCUGACGUCCUUUUCCGUUCUGCUGGCAACCGAAGGAAGCAGAAGAUGAGGCUGCUUCUCGUGGCCCUUUGGGCCGUCUUGGCCGCUGUCCGCUCGGAGGAAGGCGCCCGGCUCCUGGCCUCCAAAUCUCUGCUCAACCGCUACGCCGUCGAAGGGCGCGACCUGACCCUGCAGUACAACAUCUACAACGUCGGAUCAAGUGCUGCCUUAGAAGUGGAGCUGUCGGACGACUCCUUCCCGCCGGAGGAUUUCGGCAUUGUCUCCGGGAUGCUCAACGUUAAGUGGGAUCGGAUUGCGCCGGCUAGCAACGUCUCCCACACGGUGGUCCUGCGGCCCCUCAAGGCCGGCUACUUCAACUUCACCUCGGCCACCAUCACUUAUCUGGCCCAAGAAGGAGGACAGGUGGUGGUUGGCUUCACCAGCGCUCCGGGGCAAGGAGGCAUCCUGGCACAGCGGGAAUUCGACAGGAGGUUUUCGCCCCACUUUUUGGACUGGGCAGCUUUCGGCGUCAUGACCCUCCCGUCCAUCGGGAUCCCUUUGCUGCUUUGGUACUCCAGCAAAAGGAAGUACGACACCCCCAAAACCAAGAAGAACUGAAGGGGGACCCCCGAGAAGGAUCCUCCUCCAUUUCCUGCGGACCCUUAAAAGGGGGCGUCCGGGAAAAGUCCGCUUCGCCGGCGGCCAUUUUGACCAGCAGGACUUCCAUCACUGGAUCUCGGGGCGAAAAUUAAGCCCCCCAACUUCUCUGUGUCCCUCCCUGCCCUAUAAUGUCACCAUCUAAAA